AUGGAAAAGAUGUUGGGUAUCAAAAAGAAGAAAAUUGCAAGAGACACACAUGAAUAUGCUAAUAACAGAGCAUACCCUCGUCCACCUCCUAUUCUACAGUCUGCCAACACUAAUGGGGUUUCCCCAAAAACCAGUGACAGCAUGCACGAGGAUGUGAACAAUCCCCAAAAUGGAGAACCUAAUACCCACACAAGAGAAGUACAACCCCUUCGCUGGAGUGAGAGAUUAAAUAAUAACAACAAUAAUAAUGCUCAUAACAGCAAUACUCAUACUCAACAACAAGAGGCCUUUAAUAACAAUAGCCAUCCUAGUACAAGUUACCAACAGGGUUUUUCAAAGAAUUGGAAUGGCCAACAAGCGAAUUCGAAGAUGAACAGGAAUCAGUACUACACGAGAAAGAGACGGAAUCAACGCAGGAGAUGA